AAACAACUCCUUCAAGUAAGAAACUAAACUGUUUUUAGAAGAAAAGAACCUAACAAAAAACUUUCUUCUUCUUCUUCUUCCAUUUUCCUUUCUAAAAGAGCAAAGUAUAAUCCGAAAAAACAAACACUUAAAGAAACUCCCCUUUUCUUCUUUCUAUCAAUUCUUUUUGGGGAAUUUUUUUCAUCAAGAAUGAGAAAUAUAGCAAGUUGUUACAAUGAACAUGCUAUAAAAGUAACAAAUUCAUAUUGUUCAAAUCCAUCAAAUCAAGUACUAUAUCAUAUUCCUUCACUACAAAAUGUUGUUACUUGUAUUUACAAAGUCAAAAUUCCAAUAGAGAAGCAAUUCUUGGUCAAAAUUACAUGGUGUUGCUUAUUACAACAUGGAUUUUCAGUAAGCAUAAGUGAUAAAUUCACCAACAAUUUCAAGAAAAUAGUAACAAUAUUAGACAAGUCAAAAGGGUCGAAAACAAUUGAUUUCUUAUGUUCAAGAUUCGACGUUUGUUGGGAUCUCUCUAAGGCAACAUAUGAAGCUGGUCCUGAACCGAUCAACGCGUUUUUUGUGAAGGUUCUAGUGAAUUCUGAGGUGGGGUUGAUUCUUGGUGACAUGGGGCAUGAGUUUGAGCUAAAAAAAUUGAAUCUUGAUGAUAAAUUUUCAAGAUUUGUAUUGGUUUCAAGAAAUGAACAUUUUUCAGGAAGUUCUGUUUUGGUCACUAAAGGUAAGUUUUGUGACACUGGAAAAUGUCAUGACAUAUUGAUCAAGAAUUCAUCUGCAAUGUUGUUUGUAUCCAUCGAUAAGAAGAAUGUUAUAGAAGUGAAGAGAUUACAAUGGAAUUUUCGUGGAAAUCAGACGAUUUUCUUGGAUGGAUUGCUUGUGGAUUUUAUGUGGGAUGUUCAUGAUUGGUUGUUUAAUCCAAAAUCUGGAUGUGCAAUGUUUAUGUUUAGGACAAGGAGUGGAUUUGAUAGGAGGUUGUGGCUUGAUCAUGAGAAGAAUUUGGAGCAAAAAGAAGAAGAAAAAGUUGGAUUUUCUUUGUUGAUUUGUGCCACUAAGAAUCCUGAUUAAUUCAGAACCAAAAAAAGACUCAUCUUUUAGUUUUCAUUUUUAGUUUUUUUUUUUUUUUUUUUGGUUUAUCUUCUUGAUCUUCUUUCUUUUUUGUGGAAGAAGAUAAAGAAUGGUCUAUGUUGUUCACUUAGCUUGCUCGGACUUUUUAAAAAAUAUUGAUAGAUACAUGUCGAAUUUUUGAAGAGAGUAACUGACACAGAUGCAAAAACAUUUUAGAGAGUUCGAGCAAUAUAGGAAAUGGUCAUGGCUAAUAUAAUUUAUAAGGUGUUUGAUUAUGCAGAUUAUGGAAUUGUAAAUGAAAAUUUCACUUUUCAA